AUGGCCUGGUUUGGUGGCAGUGCAAUGGCCCUUUACCAUUCCAACAAUCUAUCUUGCUUCAUAGUAAUUCAGCUAUUCAUUUCGCUUCUGGCAUUCUUUGGAGUGUACUGUUCUCAAGCCAUUGCAUGUCCAAGUUUCGAUGGCUACAUUGCAUUUCCGGACACCGACCACGGUGGGGACGACCUGGGCAACCCUGGCUCCGCUGCGGCAGCCGCUACCGAGUGUGCCAAGUUGCCAGAUUGCCAAGGCUUCAAUGUCAACGGCUGGAUGAAGGCCUCUGUGGAACCAUUAACAUAUUUUGAAUCCGUUUGUUUUUUUAAAAAAACUCCAGCAUGUCCAAGUUUCGAUGGCUACAUUGCAUUUCCGGACACCGACCACGGUGGGGACGACCUGGGCAACCCUGGCUCCGCUGCGGCAGCCGCUACCGAGUGUGCCAAGUUGCCAGAUUGCCAAGGCUUCAAUGUCAACGGCUGGAUGAAGGCGUCUGCGGAUCCAUUGACGUACUUGGAAUCAGUUUGUUUUUUUAAAAAAAUUCCAGGGCCGCCGCCGCCCUUGCCUCCCAGUCCCCCACCGCCAACACCGCCAGGCAUUCAACAGAUUACCACGAAUUUCCAGGCUGGAUUUGUGGGGGUCACCCUGACGGUGGAUGGAGCCCUCAGCUGGGUCGGUACAUGUCGGUACAAUAGUUUUUAUGGUCUAGAGACAGGGUCACCGACAGUGUUUUUAGAUUGGGCCACAGAACCCCGUAGUGACCACCUAAAAAGCUUUCCGUACAAAGCAGCACUGCAGCACUGGAACGAGUCGGCUGCCUACCGCAGCGCAGACCACGGGCAGUGGGAAGUUGGCGCUAGCAUGAAGUCAGAACAAAGCUUGACGUGCCAAGCUGCGGUGUGCGCUGCACACACCGCAGCUUGA